CAAUUAAUUCCUAGCCCUGAAUUAAUAUAAGCUAAGCAAUAAACUAAUUUUGUUUAGUUGUUCGAACUAAAGAUGGCGGUGUGGGGUGCUCUAUUUUUGUUGGCUGUAGCUGGGACCACGGUGUACGCCGAUCCCAGUGAACUUGCUUUCCCUGAAGAAGCAAGAGGAGGAGCUCGUAUCGUAUCAGGAUGGGAGGCACAAGAGGGCCAGUUCCCUCACCAGCUCAGCAUCCGUAUGGUGAACCCAGCCGGAGGAGUGACGUCAUGUGGUGCCACCAUCAUCCACUCUGAGUGGGGUCUGACUGCCGCUCACUGCACAGCUACCCGUGUCUCCAUCGUCGUCCGCGCUGGUGUCGUCAGCUUGACUCGCCCAGCUCUCAUGUUCGAGACCACCAAGUACUACAACCACCCCCUCUACAUCGAAGCUCUUCAGUCUAUCGUACAGCCCAAUGACAUCGGUCUCAUCGAGUUUGGCAGAUCCAUUGAAUUCAACGAUGUUAUCAAGCCCAUCAGGAUCCAACGUUCUUCCGCGAUGAACGCCAACUAUGGUGGUACCAGGUCUAUCGCCAGCGGUUGGGGACGCACCUGGACUAACGGAGCCUCUCCCGAGAAUCUAAACUGGGUCUACCUGUCCAUCGUUACCAACGCCCAGUGCUUGACAGCUUUUGGAGGCAGCUUCAUCAUCCAGGACUCUACCAUCUGCGCCAGUGGUUACAAUGUCACUAGCCAGUCUACUUGCCAGGGUGACAGCGGUGGUCCUUUGAGCAUCAUUGAUGACGAUGGACAACCCACCCAGGUCGGAGUUGCCUCCUUCGUAUCUAGCAGUGGAUGCCACACCGACUUCCCAGCUGGUUUCAUCCGCCCAGGCUUCUACCACGACUGGUUCACUCAGGUUUCCGGAGUCAACUUCGACUGGGAGGUGUCAAACACCACCACUACCGAAUCCCCACCUGAUGUCACCACUACCGAAUUCCCAUCUAAUGGCACCACUACCGAACCUGAUGUCACAACCGCCGCGCCACCAGAGGCUCCAGAGUCUUCGGAAUCUUCAGAAUCUGCCGAUUCAUCUGAUUCUAGUUCUUCCUCAUCAUCUAGUUCUUCAAGCUCCUCUGAAACCAGUUCCUCAUCGGAAUCUUUUGAUUAAACUCCAAAACUCCUCACUUCAAUAGCUCAAUUCAAGUAAACAUCACCAAGUCUAUUAAAAGGUCUCCUAAAAAUAAUGAGUGUAAAUCAGUUCAUCCGUGAUCGUGGCGCUUGCAACAGUGCCGAAAUAUCGAAAAGUCAUAGACAUAAAUAAACAUGGUAAAUAUCAAGUCUCAAGUUCUAAUGACAGUGUUAGUGACCAUGUCAGUUUAAAAACUUAUGUAAUGAAUGUAAAGUUGUAAACAAAUACUUGUAAUUUACCAAUACAUGCUGUAAAAUGAUUUUCUUUUGUGCACAAAAAAUAAAAAAUGUAAAUAAUUA